CUCGUGUCGAGGCGGCACAAGACACUUGUCGCCUCCACACAACCCAGACACCCAAAGCUCAGAGAAACAGACACUCUCUCUUUUACCAGGCAGUCACUCCCAAUUUUCCACAAAAAGAAAAUUAAAAAAGAAAAAGAAAAUAAGGAAAGUUUGCACAGCUAGCUGUUACUAGUAUUUCAAGGUGCCAGAAGAUGGGGUCUAAUUUCAACUUCAAGAACUUUGGUGAUGUACCACCUGGGGAGGGCAAUGGUGGGAAGGCAGCAGGAAAUUUUAUGUUGGCCCGGCAGUCUUCCGUGUACUCUCUGACGUUCGAUGAGUUCCAGAACACCAUAGGUGGGCUUGGAAAGGAUUUUGGAUCUAUGAACAUGGAUGAACUUUUGAAAAAUAUAUGGACUGCUGAAGAGACUCAAGGCGUGACAUCUACUUCUGGGGCUGGAGAAGGAAGUGCUCCUGGGGGUAAUUUGCAGAGACAAGGGUCAUUAACUUUGCCACGAACACUUAGUCAGAAGACAGUUGAUGAGGUUUGGAAAGACUUGAUUAGAGAGACAAGUGAUGCUAAAUAUAAUACCGUUGCUAUGGGUUCAAAUUUGCCACAGAGACAACAAACUUUGGGAGAGAUGACUUUGGAGGAGUUUUUGGUGAGAGCAGGGGUUGUGAGAGAAGAUGUCCAACCAGUUGUAAGGCCUAAUAAUAGUGGAUUCUAUGGUGAAUUAUACCGUCCAAAUAACCACAAUGGUAUAGCUCCCGGAUUUCAACAACCAAGUCGAACCAACGGUCUUUUAGGUAAUCGAGUUGCAGACAACAAUAAUUCGGUUCUUAACCAGUCUCCCAAUUUAGCACUUAAUGUUGGUGGAGUUAGAUCUUCUCAGCAACAAACACAGCAGCUGCCCCCACAACAGCAGCCACUCUUCCCCAAGCCUACAAAUGUAGCGUUUGCCCCUUCUAUGCAUUUAACAAACAAUGCUCAGUUAACAAGCCCGAGAACCAGGGGACCAAUGACUGGGGUUGUGGAACCUUCUAUGAACACUGUUUUCACUCAAGGUGGUGGGUUUCCAGGUGCAGGAAUUGGAAUGACUGGUUUAGGUACUGGGGGCGGUGCAGUUGCAGCAAGAUCUCCCACAAAUCAGAUAUCACCAGAUGUGAUUGCUAAGAGCAGUGGGGAUACAUCGUCGUUGUCACCAGUUCCUUACAUGUUUAGCCGGGGAAGGAAGUCCAAUGGAGCUUUGGAGAAAGUAGUUGAGAGAAGGCAAAGGAGAAUGAUAAAAAACAGAGAGUCUGCUGCAAGGUCCCGAGCUCGUAAACAGGCCUAUACCUUGGAACUAGAGGCAGAAGUUGCAAAACUUAAAGAAAUGAAUGAAGAAUUACAGAGAAAACAGACAGAAAUAAUGGAAAUGCAGAAAGAUCAGAUUUUGGAGACAGUGAAGCGGCAAAGGGGAGGUAAAAGGCAAUGCUUACGACGAACAUUGACCGGCCCUUGGUAACUUGGAUGAAGUUGGACUGCAGAUGUAAGAUGAGUGCUUGAUUUACAAACAUAUAGGUAGUAUGGUACAAAGAUUGGAGCUUGUAUCUGUUAUCUGAAUCCAAUCUUAUACUAGAAACAGUAGGUAGCUGUCUGUAUAGGAGAGGAGUGGUUGAGUUGUAAAUUACAAACUACGGUCUCAUCUUGUAGAUUGAACUUUUGUACUGGUAUGAUCUCUGUUUGCUUCUCAUUUUGAUUGCAGAGAGAGUCUAGGAUAAUUGAGCAAGUCAUGUGUAAACUAUUUUAGUAUUGUCCAUCUAAAUAAUUAAUAAGUUUCUGCCCUUCAUAAA